CAAUGAAAACGAAUGUAGCAAAUCGUAUAAUGUGUAGCAUUAUGUAUAGAAUAACUCUAUCGCGAAUAAGCAUGGCGGUUUUAGGGUAUUAGGUAAUAUAGACGGGAGACAAUACUGAGUCCCAGUAUUGUGUGUGUGUUAAACGGAACAUACUGGUUUUAUUAAACAAUGCAGGCGUUCUUUUUCUCUGAACGAAGUUUUAAUAAAUGGAUUUUAUUUGAGAAUAAUUGCAGUGCGUAGGGGGAUGCAGCGAAGGUGCAGCUGUAGCAUCAUGGCUGCAUUGAUUUCACACCCGUGAAGUGUGGGCCCCCUAGUGUUCAGUGAAUGUACUGCAGGGUCCUGCGUUGCUGCGUUGGGCUCCGGCGAACCUAUUUGGUUUGGCCAAUCAUAUUGAUCCUCAUAGUUGGCGCAGCCUUGACAGCUCUGCUGCCUCCUGCAGAGGAACAAGGGGCCCUUGAUGUCCUGGGAGUACUACGCCGGGCAACAUCUAAGGAGAAUCCUCCACAGGAUCACCAUGGUGACAGCACCGACAGGGAGAACAAGUUUACCCUCAUCAUUCAAACAUACAAUCGCACAGACAUUCUUCUCAAACUGCUCAACCAUUACCAGGCUGUUCCUCAUCUUCAGCGGAUUAUCAUAGUCUGGAACAAUGUACAGGAGGAGACGCCACGUAAAUUAUGGAACUCCUUGGGUCCUCAUCCCGUUCCUGUCGUCUUCAAAGAGCAGGCAAGCAAUCGAAUGCGGAACAGACUACAACCGUUUGCUGAGAUUGACACUGAUGCUGUGCUGCUGCUGGACGAUGACACGCUGGUCAGUGUUCCUGAUACCAGUUUUGCAUUCUCAGUCUGGAAGCAAUUUCCAGACCAGAUUGUUGGUUUUGUGCCACGGAAACAUGUCUCAACACCAAGUGGAGUGUACAGCUAUGGCAGCUUUGAACUGCAGGAUCCAGAAACAGCUGGAGGUGACAAAUACUCCAUGGUAUUAAUUGGCGCUGCUUUUUUCCACCACCGCUACCUGCAGCUCUUCCAGGAACAACCUGUAGCAGUACAUGCACUGGUGGAUGAAACACAGAAUUGUGAUGACAUUGCAAUGAACUUUGUUGUCUCUCUGUAUUUGAGGAAACACUUGAAGUCCAUAGGCAGAAUCAACAGACCCUCUGGGGUCUUUGUAAAACCCGUGGACCUUCGCAACCUGGAAAAGGAGGCCAGCAGCGGGUACCAGGGCAUGUGGCAUCGUCCUGAGCACCUUCUUCAGAGGUCCUACUGUCUGAACAGGCUUACACAGAUUUAUGGCUUCAUGCCUCUGUGCUUCUCCAACCUGAUGGUCUCACAGUUUGGCUUCCCCAGUUAUGCUAACCAUAAGAGUAGAGGCUGAGGAUGUGCAGCAUCGCUGACGGACUUCGAAUGAAAGAAAACAAAACUCAAGUUGCCAUCUGCUGAUUCGUCUGAGCUGAGGAUUUGGUUAGUUACCCACAGUCCUCAUAUGUCCAUGUAUGUGUGAUCUGUCUUGUUAUGUGUCCACAUUUGAAAAAGGUAAACUGCAUUGUUGCCAAAGCUGCCUCUUCCCUCAUUAAUGACACCUCUCUCAAUAGAUUGUCCUGAAAUUAGACACAGCAGUUGGUGAUCUUAGAUUUGCAUUUCCCGUUUUUUCUUUUUCUUUUACAUUAAGUAGAGAUUAUGUGCAGUUUGAAACCCGAUAGACUGAAUCAUGUUGUGUUAAUUAAAGUCAACACUGUUUGUAAAGAUCGCAUCUGUGGAAGAACUCAUAAUAACUAUGUCUAGAAUCAAGUGAAUAUAGAUCCUAAGUGUCAAAAGUGUGGGGGUACAGUAAGUGUCCUUACUCUCAGUUUUUCUGUACAAGUCUGUCAUAGAUUCAGAGCUUCUAGGCAAAAUGACUGAUCUUAACAGAAUUGCAACUUUUACUUAAAGCAAACUGUAUUUUCCCUAAGGCAGAAGUUAACCUGCACAGAUGUGCAUGUAUUUUCAACCAAAGCAAAUGAUUGACAACAUAACCUUAUUGUUUAAAACCAUAGGAUUGAUGUCUGAGGAACAUUUAUGGUUUAUUGUCAAACCAUUAGUUUUUUUAGGAGCAGUAGUUAAAUAACAAUGAUUUUUUUUCACAAAAUAAAAAUAAUAAAUAGCAACAUAAGCAGAUUUAAUUAAAUGACCAGUAGAAAGCUAACACAAAGGAUGAAGGUUAAAGAGCUUUACAUUAUGAAGAGGUAGGACAGUCAUACUGUUAGUUUGAAGGGGUGACUUGUCACCGUCACUAAACAUCGGGAAAGUGAAACGAGAGGUAUGAAGACCUGUUUUCCAAAACUAUAUUUACUGAUAAACGAUAAACCUCCUCCAUCCCAACGGUUAAAAUGUCUUUGCAUAUACUGAGGUAACUGUAGACUUUUACACGGGGGACCAUGUCAAGAAUUAUUGUGGUCUUGGUCCUCCACCAUCACCACCGGCUCCAGAUCCGCCUCCAGGCCUGGAUCCCCCGCCUCCAGGUGAACGUAUGUCAUGCCAUAACUUUACAAACAGCUCCCUCUUUCGCCAGAUGAGUUUGUGACCAUAUGCCACAUACCACCUGUAGGACAGAUAUACAAAGACAGAUUCAAAAAAACAAGACCCAACAGCAUCCACGUGUUAAAGGAUUUAGGAUUUAGUUAUAAGUAAUUCAUUUCUUGCAGAAAAAGGGUUUUGUCAUGACCCACCAUUUUGAAGGAAUUUGUUACUUGUUGCUGCUAGAGGAAAUGAUUUAACAGCACGAUACUCACACUCCAAAGAGGGCUCCGCCGAGGUGAGCUGCGUGGUCAAAGAGCCGCCAUCCCAGUAAAAGCCCUGCUGCAUCUACGGCAACAAGUGCUUUCAGAGCCUGCAAUACAAUUAACAGGAAUGUGGUUACAAACAAUGCAGUGAAAUCUAGACAUGCACACACACACAAUCUUGUAAAUACUGUAUAUUCAUUACCAAAAAGAGGUGUAGUGUGUAUUUACAGGACCAUGAGUGCAAAUUAAAACCCGUAAAUGGA